AUGGAACUGAACUUGGAUUUGACUUUAGCCUCGGUUCCCAAAACCGUUUCUCAUUUCCUCAACGAAGUUUCUCUCACCAAAGACUCGUCUCAGAAACUUUCAAUGCUCGAUGACUUGGUUCGUAGAUUGGAAGAAGAAAUGAACAAAGUGCUCGCUUUCAAACGCGAACUUCCUCUCUGCAUACUCCUCGUUAACGAUGCUAUUGCAAGAUUGAAGGAUGAAAAAGAAAAAGUUAGGUUAAUCAAAAUGCGAGAUCCAGUUUUGGUGAACGAAAACUCUGAUAAUAAGAUGAAUUGGAUGAGUUCAGUUCAGCUUUGGACUAAUCAGACAAAAUCGAAGAAUGAAGAUGGUGAUAGGUCUGUGUCACAGAAAAGUAAUGGUGGAGGGGUAUUUAUGUCAUUUAAUGAAAAUACUCCUACUCGUGUUCCUUUGAAGGAGGUUUCGCAGGUUCCGAGUUUUAGUUUGGUGUCUGAAGUGAGUCAUGGAAAUUCUAAGAGUGGUUGUGAUCGAAGUAGUUCUGGUUCGUCUUUGUUGCGCGUUGAGAUACAGAAUCAACAGCCGCAGCCACCUCAGCCUUUGCUGCAGAGUUCCAGGAAACAAAGACGAAGCUGGUCGUCCGAGCUUCAUCGCCGUUUUGUUGAUGCUCUUCAACAGCUUGGUGGAGCACAUGCAGCCACUCCUAAGCAAAUUAGGGAAAAGAUGCAAGUGGAUGGAUUAACAAAUGAUGAAGUGAAAAGCCAUUUGCAGAAAUACAGGCUUCAUGUUAGAAGAUUCCCAGUUUCUUCUAUUGAGGAGGCUAAUAAACUAGCCUUAUAUAUGAUCCAAGAUCAAGAUACAUCAAAGGGAAAUUUAUCAGAGUCUGUUUCACCACAGGGUCCUCUUACUCCUAUUCUCAUUGGAGGAUCUGUUAAAGGUCUCUCGAGCCAUGGAAGAAACAGCGUGGAUGCAGAAGAUGAACAAUCAGAUUGCAGGAAUUGGAAAGAUGAUCAGGAGCAGCAACAUGAAGCUGAAUAA